AUGUAUUCAAUGCAUGGUGGAGGAUAUCAAUAUCCACAAGGAACGACAACAUAUUCUAUUCCUUAUGACAGUAAUCGAACAGCUCAAAAUAAUCCUUUAUCACAAUAUUCUUAUGUUGAACGACAUUCAACAAAUUCUUCACCAUAUACUAAUACUCGAACAGUAAAUAUUUCUCAUUCAGUACCAACACGUCGUGUUAAUCCUGCAUUAACAAUAAAUCCAAAUCAACCAUCACGAUCACAAUAUACUAAUUAUGGAAAACCAACAUAUACUUAUAAAAAAAAUGUAAGUAGUGAAAUAGAUGAUUCACCAAUAAUUGAUCCACGUGCUUUUCAUUAUUUAAAUUUAAAUGAACAAAAAUCAAAAAAAAAAACAACAUCAUUAGAUGAUAUUGAAAGUGGUAUUGAUACACGACCUAUAAUUAAUCUUGAUGCAGUUGCACAAUUAGAACGACGACGACAGAAACUCAUAGAAAAGAACAAUCGAUUACGUGGUGAUGAUGGAUCCAAGGAAGGCAUUGAUGAUAGGUCUAUUAUAGAUUCCAAUGCCUUUCGUUAUAUUGAAGCGAAGACAAAUAAGAUUGAAAAACAAGGUCAAGGUAUUACUAGUGGUAUUGAUGAUAGACCCAUUGUAAAUCCAGAUGCAUUCAAAUAUUUAAAUGCUAAACGUCGAGAAAAAUCAGCAAAACAAUUAGAUGAACCAUCGAUUGAUACUCGUUCAAUAAUAGAUCCAGAUGCAUUUAAAUAUAUUGAAAAACGUAAUAUACCAACAGCAAGAACUAUUGAAAGUGGUAUUGAUAGUGAACCAAUUGUUGAUCCAAAUGCUUUUCGUUAUUUGGAAAAAAAUCAACUACCACAACGUCGUGAUGUACAAUCAGGUGUUGAUACAACAUCAAUAGUUAAUCCAGAUGCAUUUAAAUAUAUUGAAAAACGUCCACCAACAAAAUCAGAACCAAUAGAACCAUCAAUUGAUUAUCGUCCAAUAGUUAAUCCAGCUGCAUUUAAAUAUAUUGAAAAACGUACAAUAACAAAAUCAGAACCAAUAGAACCAUCAAUUGAUGAUCGUCCAAUUGUUAAUCCAGAUGCAUUUAAAUGGAUUGAACGAAAAGAAACAAAACGUCGUGUUGAUAAUGAACCAGAAAUUGAUGAACGUUCAUAUGUUAAUCCACAAGCAUUUCGUUAUAUUGAUCGACAUGUAGGAAAAAGAAAUGAUAUACCUGUACCUGAAAUUGAUACACGUAGUUUAAUACUUGAAAGAAAUCCAAAUGCAUUUAUUCAUCUUGAACGUAAAUAUACAAAUCGAAAAAAUGAUAUUGAAAGUGGUAUUGAUCAACGUUCUUAUGUUGAUCUAGAUGCAUUUAAAUAUAUUGAAGGUCAAAAUAAAAAUUCAAAAAAUAAAACAAUACAUUCAUUUAUUGAUCCAUCAAUUGAUACAAGAUCAUAUGUUAAUACAGAAUCAUUUCGUCAUCUUGAAGGUAAACAAGGAAAAACAACAUAUGAUAAUUAUAAUGUUCAUGAAGGUAUUGAUGAACGACCUUUUAUACCAUUAACUGCUUUUCGUCAUCUUGAAUAUACAGAUGAACAAAAUUAUCCUUAUGAUAUUGAUUAUUCAACAUAUGGACAAACAGAUGUUUGA